AUGGAAUUAACCGCAUUGCGCAGCAGCAACCCUAACACCAUGAUAGACCAACCAUUGGGCCGUAUUGUCUUCGAGUUAUACGAUGAUGUUCCAAAGACCAUUGAGAACUUCAGAGCUCUGUGUACUGGAGAGAAGGGUUACGGGUACAAAGACUCCAUUUUUCACAGAGUCAUCCCUCAAUUCAUGUUGCAAGGUGGUGAUUUCACCAAGUUCAACGGAACUGGUGGCAAAUCAAUCUAUGGUGAGAAGUUCGCUGACGAGAACUUCAUCCACAAGCACACCAAGCCAGGUUUGCUGUCAAUGGCUAACGCCGGUCCAAACACCAAUGGUUCCCAAUUUUUCAUUACCACUGUUCCAUGUCCUUGGUUAGAUGGUAAGCACGUUGUAUUUGGUGAGGUCGUCGACGGGCUGGACGUUGUCUCCAAGAUCGAGACCUUGGGAUCAUCUUCUGGUGCUACCAAGACCCAGUUGAAGAUCACCAACUCCGGUGAGUUGUAA